UGUUGCAUUGCCGUUACAAUGACUGAAAUGGUCCAAGUCAAUGAACUUUGGCAUGGUUUCUUAUCUUUGCAUUUUCAUUAUAAGACCAGGAAAAAACUCACACACAUUCCAUGACUCCCAUCACCAUGACUCUUCCUAACAAGAAACUCAAUGAGUUCAUCUCAUCUUCAGAUCAGAAACCACUUCAUUGGUCAAGAAAGAAUUCAAUCAUCUCCAAGGAUCAAACAGACACCACUCCAUCAAACACAAAGUUUCAUGUCGAUCCUCUUGGUAUCUGCAUCGGUCUUGCCAUCGGUGCUGUGCUUAUGCUUGCAGGAUUCAUCAUCUUCAAGUUUUGCUUCAAAAGCCGAAAAAACAACAUUCAAGUUAGUCCGAAUACUAAUAAUGUCACACUCUUCAGCAUAGACAUCCAGCAUGCUGAAGACCUCUCUUUCUUGAUCAAUGCCAAGGAUGAAGACCUGCAAUUGGAGAUCAUCGGAAAAGGAGGUUGCGGAGAAGUUUACAAGACUGAGCUCCCGCGCCGUGGAGGCGGGAAGCUCUCUGUUGCAAUCAAGAAGAUAGCUCUAUCAUCAACUGUGGAUGUCUCUCGCCUCUGCCGAGGAACAAGCAAUGCACUCGGUCACAGGACACGGCAAGUUCGUGCAGAGAUCUUGACAGUAGGACGAGUAGGACAUCCAAACCUCCUCCGGCUGCUGGCUCAUGUCUCCAAUCAAGAAAAACAUUUCCUCAUCUCAGAAUUCAUGCAGAACGGAUCAUUACAAGAUGCACUGAGGCAGAGACAACUCAAAUGGCCAGUACGGUACAAGAUCGCACUCGGCAUUGCUACCGGUUUAGAGUAUCUUCAUUUCCUGCACAAACCAUGCAUAAUUCACAGGGACCUGAAGCCGGGGAACAUACUGCUGGACCGGGAUAUGAAUCCUCGUAUUGCAGACUUUGGGCUGGCGAAGGCGGCACCGGGCGGUAGUGUUGGGAUGACCAGAGUGGUAGGAACACUAGGGUACAUUGCACCGGAGUACUAUAACAGGAUGCCAUGCACAGACCGGUGCGAUGUUUAUAGUUUUGGAGUGAUCUUGGCGGUGUUGGUGUCAGGGAGGUUUCCUAGUGAUAGCCGUUUGGCGGAGAUGGGCAUGGUGAAGUGGCUGAGGAAGGUGAUGAGCUCCAGUGACGGCGAUGGGGCCAACGAAGGUAUUGAUGAGAUCUUGCUGGGAACUGGGUAUGAAAAACAGAUGCUGCUGGCCCUGAAGAUUGCAUACUUUUGUACUAGAGAUAAUCCUGAGGACAGACCCUGCAGCAGAGAUGUUAGACGCAUGCUAGAGCAGAUUAAGCAUUAGACAAGCCGGCUUGUUGCUUAUUAAAUAAUAAUGUAAGUAAUACUUCUGCAAUGAAUUUGUGACAAUGCCGAUGAGGAUAAUGUUAAAUCAGAUGAUAUUACAAACUUGAGACAAACAAAUACAAACUAUUGCAUUUAUCAAAUGAGCAAACCUAUUGAGCAACCACAAAAAAAAAAA